AUGGGUCCUCGAAUUAAAAGGCGCCGCUUGACGGAUCCAGAAGAUCUCAGCGACGACAUCUGCCAGCCUGCGUCCCGUCUGGAAAAAGACAGCUGGAAUGGAUUUUGCGAAAUCGAAUCAGAACCGGCCUUGUUUAAUGUGAUGCUACGUGAGUUUGGGGUCAAGGGAGUAAAGAUCCAAGAAGUCGUUUCUCUUGAUGAAGAAAUGAUGGCAUUUCUCAAUAAUCCUGUUUAUGGCUUGAUUUUUCUUUUCCGCUGGCGUGAAGAUAACGACGGAAAGCAGGAAGCGACUUGCCCUGAUGGGCUGUGGUUCGCAAACCAAACUGCCAACAAUGCUUGUGCCAGUGUAGCACUACUAAACAUUGUCAACAACAUCCCAGAUAUUGAUCUCGGAGAGAAUCUACGGUCCUUCAAGGAAUUCACCAUGCCUUUCACCCCAGCUCUGCGUGGGGAUGCAAUCAACAACUUUGAGUUUGUCAAAAGGAUACAUAACUCAUAUGCACGAAAAAUGGACAUUCUAAAUUCAGAUCUGCAGCUUAAGACUGAAGCUACCACGAGAAAAAAGGGGUCCAAGGGCCAGGCUGUUGAUGAAUCUGAUGCCACUUUCCAUUUUAUUGCAUUUAUGCCCGUGAUGGGACAGCUAUGGAAGUUUGAUGGCCUAGAGCGACAGCCAAGAGCACUCGGUGAGCACCACAACCGACAUGUUAGGAUGGUCCUACUAACUCUAGUAGGGGAAUGCUCUGAACACGACUGGUUGGAACUGGUGAAGCCCAAUCUUCUGGACCGAAUGGCGGCAUACGAAGAAGAAGAAAUUGAAUUUUCAAUCCUCGGACUUGUGCGCGACCCUCUCCCUGAUCUCAUCAAUGACUUGGCUAUCAACGUGAGAACCUUGGAAAUCCUCAAUCAACGUGCCACAUCCAUCCACCCAUCAUCAGAUGCACUGGCUUUGGAUGAAACUGUACUUGGCCCUGACCCUUCCCUAUCUCUGACACGCGAAGAGAUCGAUGCAGCGGUGAUCCCUCAGGAAACCCUUGAUGACUACCAGACGUGUUCCGAUGAGAAACUGCAAGCGUAUCAACGGACAAUCAGUAGGGGUCAACGAGAACUUCGUGUACGUAUUCGUGAAGAGCAACAGUCGCAUUGGUCGGAUGACGAGUACGCAGCUGGACGGCGGUUUGACUAUGGGCCUGCAGUGCGAACAUGGCUUCGACGCUUGGCGCAGAAGCAACAGCUACAGGAGCUUUCCGCCCUCGUGGCGUAUUGA